ACAUCAAAAAAACAAAUCUCGCUUCUCUGCAAUUCCAUCAAUCGAGAAAAGACAAUGGCUCGUACGAAGCAAACCGCUAGAAAGUCCACCGGAGGAAAAGCCCCCAGGAAGCAGCUCGCCACCAAGGCGGCGAGAAAAUCUGCACCGACCACAGGAGGAGUCAAGAAGCCUCACCGUUACCGUCCCGGAACGGUGGCACUUCGUGAGAUUCGUAAGUACCAGAAGAGCACGGAGCUGUUGAUCCGUAAACUCCCGUUCCAGCGUCUGGUUCGUGAGAUCGCUCAGGACUUUAAGACGGAUCUGAGGUUCCAGAGCCACGCGGUGUUGGCUCUCCAGGAGGCGGCUGAGGCGUACCUUGUUGGUUUGUUCGAGGAUACUAAUCUCUGCGCGAUUCACGCUAAGAGGGUUACGAUUAUGCCUAAGGAUAUUCAAUUGGCUAGGAGGAUUCGUGGUGAACGUGCUUAAGAAUGUUUGAUUUUAGAUUAUGUAUUAUUAUUAUUAGUUUUUGUUCGGAUUCUUUCCCUUUUGUUUAAACUUUCGACAGCUCGUUUAAUCAUAACAAUGAUAUUAAUCUCUUAAUGAUUAAAUUUCUUUGUUUAUUCGAUUUCAUUUAUGAAUGUUUCGAUUUUGUAUCGAAGAUGAAAAUUGUCGAAACCUAUUAUUCUCUGUGUUCAUAUUA